CGCCUCACACGCAGACACUAAUAGCUACAUAAGAGAUGUUGACAUGACAUGACAGCAUCUGUACAACCUAGACAUGUGUGCUUGACCUUACUUGAGCUUAAGAUCUAUGAAUGUAGCACUGAAGAUGAUUGGAGGUUUAUUGAUACUUCUGAACUCAUGGUCUUCAUCGCCCAAAAAUUACUAGCAUAAUAUUCUCCUUCUCGACGCCCAUCCAAUAAGAGAUCAGUGACUUCUCUGUCAAUUGCUUCAUUUUUCAUCAAAAAAAAUGACGAUCAUAUUCUCUACGUCUAGCUGUGCUUGGAAUCUUUUUCGGUGUGGUGCUGAUUUACUGCGCGUUCUUAGCGCCUUGUUUCUCUUAAAGCAUGUCGUGGCUGCGGGAGCUCGGAGUCGGUUUGAGAACUUGAAGGGAGGUUUUGCAACUAGUACAACAUCAAAAGAGAAGUAUUCUGUUAAGGCUUCGGCUUGCUUUUUCUAGUUGUACUUGGUUAAUUUAUUUUGUCCGUGGGUACUUCGCGUAGGGUAAUUCCUAUUUCGCAUUCAUCGGUUCUAAGAUAGAAGGGAAAGCGACCACUACCUGAAAAAUUGAUACUUAGAAGGCCAUGUGAAGUCGAAUAUGUUUACCUCUUCUACUAAUGCUUGCGCUGUCCGUUUGGAUUGCUUCUCCUGGAAAACGCAGAGCUGUUAUUUUAUCCUAUUCGCUGCUCGCUAUCUUGACGUACUCUUCUCGAGGAUACCUAACCCGCGCGACUGGCUUGCCUGGGUAUAUCUUUCAGUCCUGAAGUUAGUGCUGCUUGCUCUCUCGCUGCUGUCAAUGCUAGUCCUCACAUGUAGGCGUCGCAGGCGCCUAAGAGCUGCGGAUGCGAUUCGUAGUGUGAUUUCGAAGAGCAGGGCGGCAUUUCGACGAGGUGGUAGGGCAGAAAAUGGAGAACAUAAAAAUGUUGACACGAGUAAAUCCAAAUAUGCUCAGAUCACAACCAUAGAUGAACUACAAGAAGAAGAAGAAGAAGAGGAAGAAGAAGAAGAACACUACAAGGAUAUUAGCGAUGUGCCGUUCAAUGCGGACACAGACCACCACUACUACACAGAGGACCAAGAAGUGGAAGACAGUCUCGAUUUUGGAACAUUACUCCUCGGUAGCCUAGUUGCUGCAUCCGUAUUAUCAAAGUACAAGAGUUUCGUGGAGGUAGCGUGGCUAUGGAGCCACUUUCUCGAGGCAGUGGCGGUGAUACCACAGUACAUUCUAUACUAUCUGCUUCUGCAACAACGAUCUGACCUAGUAGAGCCCGGCACGGCUCUGCGAGGAGGACAACGAAAUACCAAACAGACGUGUCGUCAGGACGAGCUAAAGCCUGUGCGGUCUUACCUAAUCUUGGUUGGUUCUGUCCGUUUUCUCUAUGUCGCGAGUGCAUUUUGGAAGAGUUUUUCUAAGUCCGAGUGCGCUCACGACCCCUUAAGGCUGUGCGCAGCUGGCGUUUUGUUUUUGCCUGAGUGCAUUUGUUGUCUAGCUUUAUUAUGUAAGUGGAAAUGCAUCAGAGAAGCGUUGCUGAAACUGGACAAGUGGUGUCAAAGAAGAAGCAAAGAGUACCAUGCAGAGCUCGACGAUGAAUAUUCCGCCCAGCACAAUCCAACUACACUGUAAAUCAAACCGAGCGAUUGGUGAAGACUGACCAAGACUAUGGUCUUAGACGCAGAUUGAUCAU